AAGCGCCGCGGCCGUGUGGAGCGCUCUUCAGCUGUUGGGAAGCAGAGGUGGAGCUGGUCCCUGUGCACCGGGCAGCUGGCGGCGCCCCCUCCCUUCGCCGGCCAGCAUCGCGCGGGGGAGGAGCGCGCUGAGGAGGGUGCAGAUGGACGCGGACAGAAGUGUGACGCCUGACAACAUGGCCAUGAGAACGGGGGAAAGUAGCUGCCCCACCAAAGGCAAGUCAGAGGCUGAAGAUGGCUCCGGUCGGGUGAUCACCAUUGUCUUCGUGGCACUCCUUAUAGACCUGCUGGGAUUCACUCUUAUUUUGCCACUCCUUCCUUCAAUCCUUGAGUAUUACAGCAAGAAUGAUGAUGGUUUCUAUCUAUCACUACAGCAUGGCGUGGACUGGUUUGCUGCAGUGUUUGGGGUACCUCUGGAGAGGAAGUACAACACUGUCUUGUUUGGAGGUCUGAUUGGCUCCAUCUUUUCCAUCCUGCAGUUUUUUUCCUCUCCGCUCACGGGCGCUGCAUCUGACUGCUUGGGGAGAAGGCCGAUCAUGUUGUUGACAGUGGUGGGGUUGAUAGCAUCGUAUGCACUCUGGGCUAUCUCUAGGAGUUUUGGUAUUUUUCUUCUCUCCAGAGUCCUAGGUGGAAUAAGUAAAGGGAACGUCAGCCUGUCUACUGCUAUAAUUGCUGACCUGCACUCUCCAAAAGCGAGGAGCAAGGGCAUGGCAAUGAUUGGUGUUGCUUUCUCACUUGGAUUUACCGUGGGUCCUAUGAUUGGAGCUUACCUUGCCAUGGAAACAGGGAAAGGAGAAGUCUUCUAUCUUCGGUCAGCUUUGCUUGCGCUCAUGUUUGCUGUUGCUGACUUAAUUUUCAUCUUCUUCCUGCUUCCGGAGACACUCCCCAAGGAAAAACGGGUAUCCUCCAUGAUGUGUGGAUUUCAGGCAGGGAGUGACUUGCUUAGUCCGUUGGCUUUGUUUCAGUUCUCUGCAGUCACCAGAGGAAAGAACUCACCUUCGAGGGAGAACCUUCAGAAUCUCAAGGUCCUGGGCCUAGUUUAUUUCCUUUAUCUCUUCCUGUUUUCUGGUCUUGAAUACACAUUGAGUUUUCUCACCCAUCAGCGAUUCCAGUUCAGCAGUAUGCAGCAGGGCAAGAUGUUUUUCUUUAUUGGGAUGACAAUGGCUGUGAUCCAGGGAGGUUACACUCGCCGAAUCAGACCAGGAUGUGAAAUCAAAGCCGUAAAAAGGGCUAUAAUGCUGCUGAUUCCAGCUUUCUUGUUAAUUGGAUGGGCUGGUAAUGUGACGGUGCUGAGUGCUGGACUGUUGCUCUAUUCUUUCGCCGCUGCCAUUGUUGUUCCUUGUUUGUCAGCAGUGGUGUCAGGCUAUGGCUCAGCCAGCCAGAAGGGAACAGUAAUGGGAAUUCUGAGGAGCCUGGGGGCCCUAGCACGAGCUCUGGGACCAAUCUUGUCAGCAGCAGUUUAUUGGCUGGCAGGAGCUGAGGUUUGCUUCACUGUUUGUGCAGUUUUGUUCCUGCUUCCCCUCAUUCUUCUUGGUUACAUAAAGCAGCAAACAAAGGAGGAAUAACCAAAGAGAGGAGCAACAUUAUGACUUUUACAGAACUACUCAUUUUCCAAGGGACUUCUAAAGUGGUGGAGAGUCAGAUGUCAAGAAGCGAUUUAAAAUGGAACACUGUGUUCUGAUUUACUGGAAGGCCAACUCAAAUUCCACUCACCAGCAUAUACACCAUUGUGACAAAAUUGAUUUUUCUUACACACCCUAAUCCUCAAGGAGAUGGAAACCCAGUUUGACUAGCUUUGAGAUCAGAAGUAUCUGACUCAAAUGCGUGUCAUUCAGCAAGUUGUAUUCCUGCUACAUAAAAUGGUGAGAUUAUGCCAGCUACAUGGGCAGAAAAAGGUUGAAUUCAACAAGCUGAGACUCACUCCACAACAGAAUUUCAUGCUUAAAUUAACUACAGUUCCCAACCAGAGGCACCAUGUAAAAUGCCAUCAUUUCUCACAGAAUCAUGUGCACAAUAUAAUGGUUUUUACAUAUCC